CUUCACCCGGAGCUUCUUAAAGGAUUGUGCAGUAAACCAACGCCAACCCUCAGUGGACCCAGUUGGCCCAUCAUGAUCGCCCACAGACUUGUUUCCAGGCUCCCAUCUACCGCCGUGCGGCGCACGGCGGUCAGCGCUCGCAUCUCGACGCCGGCCACGCCUGUCUCGCGAACCAUGAGCGCGUCCGCUCUGAGGAGGGACGCACACGGUCCGCCCAUCAUCACCGGCGAGGGUGCCAAGGCAGGCGAGGUCCCUUCCGACGAGCAGCAGGCCACCGGUCUAGAGCGAUACGAGCUCCUCGGAAAACUUCAGGGUGUCGAUGUCUUCAACAUGGAUCCUCUAAAGAUGACCCGCGCUGGCACUGUCCAGGACCCGAUCAAGAUUCAAAGCUUGCACCCGACCCGCAUAGUCGGCUGCACUGGCUUCCCAGCAGACUCGCACGACACUAUCUGGCUCCACCUGAACAGGGACCUCAAGAACCACAGAUGUCCAGAAUGCGGAAACGUCUACACCAUGGACUUCGUCGGUGACGAGAACGCCGGUCACCACUAAAUGCAUCGACUCGUGAUGCCGUGAUGCCUUGCUGGUGUCUCGUGUUGAGUGGAUGGAAU